AGCGGAACGGGAUCAACAAGCUUAUAGAGCGAAACAAACAGUCUCUAAAACAAGUGCCGCUCUUCGGUUUCAUUAUAAUGCAGUAACCUGCUGCAUUGUAUGUACAGCAUACAAAUAUCUAUGCUAGGCUGAUUUGUUGCCGUAAAAAUGGUUCAUGUUCUGGAAUUUAUCGUAGGAUGCGUAGGAGCUCACUGACAGCUGGGAUGUAACAGGGUUUCUUAUGAGCUGGCUAACACAGCUAGCUGCCUAUAGACAUCUAUGAGGCUGAUGAAUUUCAUUAGGAGCAAACAGCAGAUGCAUGCUUAGGUGUAGAUAGAAGUAUGCUAGAAUGUUUAAAAAUGUGUUCGGAUCAGGAUUUUUGGUGAGAACAGCUCAUGUCAUCUUGACAUGGGUUAUAACGUUGAUUCUCUUCCUCCAUGAAACCGACCUCCGCAAAAAGGAGGAGACUGGGGAGCUCACAUUGCCAGUUCUCUUUGUCCUGCUGGUCCUGGUGUCCGUGUUGCUGUACUUUGCAGUCUCACUUAUGGAUCCCGGUUUUGUCCAUUCUGAUGACUGCGAUUUGCAGUUUACACUUGGUAUCACAGAGGAGACACAGGAUAUGAUUCCUCAGACCACCAAGUCCUUACGUGUGCGGCGCUGUGGCCACUGCUUGGUACAGCAACCCAUGAGAUCCAAACACUGCCAGACCUGUCAGCACUGCGUGCGUCGUUAUGAUCAUCACUGCCCCUGGAUAGAGAACUGUGUGGGGGAAAGGAACCAUCGCUGGUUUGUGCUUUAUCUGGCUGUUCAGCUUAUUGUCCUACUUUGGGGACUGUACAUGGCCUGGUCAGGCUUCAGUAACGCCCCCACCUGGCAGCUUUGGUUAAGGACCAACGGUGUGCUCCUGGCUGCAGCAGCAGUGGUGGCUGUGUUGUCCUUGACAGUUCUUCUCCUCCUGGGGUCUCACCUGUACCUGGUAUCCAUAAAUACCACCACCUGGGAGUUCAUGUCUCGCCACAGAAUCUCUUACCUCAAGCACUGCGGUACAGAUGAAAACCCCUUUGACCGAGGAACUCUGCGCAACCUCUGGGGCUUCUUCUGCGUGUGGGAACCAGUGGUAUGGGAGCAUGUGUAUUUCAAGCAAGACAAUGAUCCCAUUUAAUUCACAAUUCCACCUAGAAGUCAUAGCUACAGUUACAAAUAACCAACUAGAUUGAAGUUGAUGUUGUAGUGGAAAUUGUUCCAACUGUAUCUGCAAUCCAAAAUUUUACCUACACCCUCCUCUGAGUGACCCACUCCAUUUUGAAAGUGAUUUGAAGUGCAUGAAUUUUGUAGUUGCAUUGAUGUUUAACUACUUUAAGUCUUAUCAAAUAAGUUGGAAUUAUGUGUGUUUUUAUAACAGGUGUUUAGUGUGAAUAGAUACUUUGCCCAAAUAGUACUCUGACAAUUUUGCACAUUUGAAUAGUAAAAGCACAAUAUCACAACAGUGUUUUAGAGCUGUAAUGUGGUUUCCUAUUAAUGCAAUACAUUGAGAUGAUUACUAAGCUACUUGGUUUACUAUGCUCCAACUAAAUAUGUUUAAAUUGUAUAUGCUAAUUAUUUUAACUAUGCUCUUGGCUCUGCUCAAUUUUUUGUAAAACACCUAGCUUAGCUGCAGAUUGCAUGGUUUUAUUACAUCAACAAUGGUUUUGUUCAGAUAUUGGGUGUUAAAGAACUUGUGAAAUACUAUGUUAUAUACAUUUUUUUUUUUUUUUUUACAGAAAGUUUUGUGUACAGUUAUGCUAGACGCCCCCUUUUAAGAUCAAUUUCAGACAGGGUAAUGAGAAUUUGUUGUGAAAUAAUUUCCUUUAGCAUUUUAUACAUCGGUAGUAAUAUUACAAUAUGCUUAAUGUGAUUUUAUACCAGACCAAAACUACCUAUUUAUCUGGCAUCUUGAAGAAAGAGGCAUGUGGCAUUCCUUUGACUGUUAGAUUCUUGUCCUUUUCAUAUUGCCAGAGCAGAGAAAGACAUUUGGUAGUAAAUUGAGUACAGUGCAGUCUAUAUAACAAAGUUAGAAUGUCCUCAGUGCAAUACAUAGUCAUAAAAAGCAAUAAUUAUACGUUUUUCAUAUACAAACGUCUUUAUACAGUUCAAUUUCUUCAAAUCACUUCCAUAACAUUUGCACAAGUGUUUUAAUGUAUCGAUAUUAACGCUGAAAUUUCAUGUAUGAUUUGCGCCGCUUUGAUCAAAGUUAUGCAAUUUCAGUAUUCAAUAAACUGAACAAACAUUG